CAUCCUUCAUCCAUGCGGCCGUGGCCUCCUCCCACCCCAUCCAACGGGAUUCAGCCAAGUCUUGCCAUGUCCUGGGCGCGGGUUGUCAGGGCACUAUUGGCGAAAGCCUGAACUGAACUCGUGCCUGACUUCUUUUUUUCCCUCACUACCUUCUGGGCGGGAUCCUCCCUCUCUGGGCGGAUAUCCCGCCCUUCGUGACUUCUGUGAACCCAUCUUCUUUCCGUUGACAUGUGUGAGCGGAGGUGGUUGGUGUAAGGUUAACCCAAAGAGGGGAAAAGAGGACCAUGUGAGAUAGAUCCAUCAUCCAGGUUACAUGCAACAUGCAACCAGUCGGCUUGCAAAGGCAAAGAGAAGAAAAUCUCAGGUUGACCUGCAGUAGUAUAACUUGACCGUUGUUGCCAUCCGGUUCGUUCCCAAGGAUCUUAUGCUAGUUAAGCCGCCCCCUUAAUUCUUAAUUCUUCCCACCACCCCCUCCACAGUCGUCGUACGCAUCUCUUUCGUAACGCACUCUGUUGGUCCAAGGCAUCGCGUGUUUUGCCGCAUACCCGUCUCUUGUCUUGUUAUCGAAAAAGCUUCUUUCUGAUUCAAGCCCACAUCACGGCAGCAACAAUGCACGCCUCCCUCAAGACGUUCCUGGCCCUGGGCCUCGCCUCGGUUGCCUGUGCCCAGCACACCAAGCAGGAUGAUGAGAUGGGUCCCGCUGCCUUCAUGUGGCCGGCUGACAGAGUCUGGAGCGGAGACAUGGACAACCAGGCUCCGUGUGGCUCAAAGUCUGGUGCUGCCAACAGAACCAACUUCCCCUUGGUUGGCGGAAAGGUCGCUCUCGUUGCCCAGGAUGACUAUUACAACAGCAAGAUCUCCAUCUCUUACAAGAACGAGCCAACCUCCAACAGCGACUUCACCACCAUCAUCGAGGAACAGUCCGUCUCGGACUUGAACCCAGGCCACACCUGCGUCGACGUGCCCAACCCGCCCUCCUCCAUCGCAGCAGGCUCCAACGCAACCCUUCAAAUCAUCUACCGCGCCGACUGGGACGCUCCCCACAACCAGACCUUCUACGCCUGCGCCGACAUCACCUACGUCGAGGCCGCCAACUUCAACACCCGCAUCCCCUGCUUCAACGCCACCGAGCCCGGUGAGGACGACAUCGCCGCCACGGCCUCGCCUUCCGCCUCGUCUACCAACGCCGCCUCCAACUCUGGCUCUAGCUCUGGUAGCAGCGGAAGCAAGAAGCUUUCUGGUGGUGCGAUUGCCGGUAUCGUUAUUGGUGCUGUCGCCGGUGUUGGUCUGCUGAUUGGUGCCGCGCUCUUCUUCUACCGCAAGAGCCAGCAGAAGAAGCGGAACUCGAGACUUGCCCGUAUGGAGGAGAACGCGAAGCGCUCUGAGCACUACAACGCUGGCAAGGACUCGACUUCGCAGAACAGCAUCAAGUUGAACAACCUUCCCUGAAAGUAGAAAAGAUGGUAGCCUCGGGAUUGUCUGACAAUCUCUGAUCCGCUACGUUGGGCGAAUUUCAUGUUGUUGAUUGGAAAAGGGGGGAGGGCUGGGAUUUUGAAUGAGAAAUGAAGACGUUUGUGAUAGGCUGAGUGAGGCUGGGCUAGGAGAUAUGAUGGGCUGGAAGAGUUAUGUGUUAUGCGCG